AUGCCCCUUUUGGGGGAGCCGGGGGGCCCAACGCCGCCUGGGCUGGCUCCUCCUCUCAACCGUCAGGUAAUCGAUAACUUGGCUGACAGUAUCAUCAUCAUCAUCAUCAUCAUCAUCAGCGUGCCAGGCCAGAAAAUGGACAAGGGCGCCGCUGCCGCCGCUCACAAGAGCAGAGGCUCUAGCCGGCCGAAGAAGCGAGGUCCCGUCCAGAGUGGCGCUGCAAAAUGGCUGCUCAAGAACCAGUUCGGUGUCUCGUUCAAUUUGCUGGCCCUCUUGUUUCUCUCGCACUGCUUCAUCCCCGCAUCGCGGCAGUACACCACCAAGUUCUUCUCACUGUCCUAUCGCAAUGCGCAGACGGGCAAGUAUGCCGCCGGCUACGAUGACUUCUACUUCAUGACCUUUUGCAUUGUUCUCCUGACUUGUCUCCGCGCCGGCUUCAUGCACCAUGUUCUGGCGCCCCUGGCUCAGCGAUGGGGCGUUGCUGGUAAGAACGCUACCCGCUUUGCUGAGCAGGGCUGGAUGCUCAUAUACUACAACGUCUUUUGGCCGACUGGAAUGUAUCUCUACUACAACUCUAAAUACUUUGGGCAUAUGGAGGAGCUCUGGACCGACUGGCCGCAGCGAGAAAUUGGCGGCUUAAUGAAGGCCUAUAUUCUUGGCCAGUGGUCUUUUUGGAUCCAGCAGAUCCUGGUUAUUAACAUUGAGGAGCGUAGAAAGGAUCACUGGCAAAUGCUGACGCACCACUUUGUUACCAUCGCCCUGAUGGCCGGCUGCUACGCCUACCAUCAGACUCGAGUCGGCAACCUGAUUCUUGUCUUGAUGGAUGUUAUUGACCUUUUCCUGCCGCUCGCCAAGUGCCUUAAAUACCUCGGUUUCGGCGUCAUCUGCGACGUAGUAUUUGGCGGAUUUAUUGUCUCGUGGAUCAUCGCGCGCCAUGUCCUCCACAUUCUUACAUGCUGGAGCGUCUACACGGACCUUCCCCGCAUCCAGAAAGAGGUUUGCUACCGCGGUUCGGCCGAUAACCUCCAGGGACCGUUUGCCAUCCCCACGAGUGGCUGGUCCCAUCUCCUAGAGCCGUUCCGCGACCCCCAAGGCGUCGUUUGUUUCAAUAACAACAUUACGUAUGCCUUCCUGUCUUUUCUUCUUUUCCUCCAGGUCAUGAUGAUUAUGUGGUUCACGUUUAUCGUCAGAAUCGUCGUGCGCAUGUUCCAAGGCAAGCCAGCCGAGGACGUGCGAAGCAACAGCGAGGCGGAAGAUUCGGAGGAAGAGACAGAGGACGUCGAUGAGAUGGGGCGGCCGCAGUACCUGGAAAUGGAAGUGGACGCCGAGGCGAUCAACUGGACAGCUCGUGCCAGCGCGGCUCAGGUGAGCAGCUCCGGCAGCAGCGUGCACUUUCGCGGUCAUACGGACCGCAAGGAGCUAUUGAACCGCAUUGGGUGCGGCAAGCAAAUUGAGUAG